GCGCCCGCUAGAAUCAAUUAAAUAUAUAUAUAUAAUCAUAAUCAGAACAAUCACAUCGGAUAGUAAAUCUGCAACAAUGCAGUCGAGUGUUUUUCACAAGCUUUUACUACUGCUGCCGCUCGCCUAUCAGCAUACAUCAAAUGAUGCCGAGACCGAGGUGACACAUUGGAAUUACGAGCUGCAUGGCGAGAAUUGGGGCGGCACUUGUGACUCGGGAGUGCGACAGUCACCACUUCAGUUAGCGGUUCAAAAAUCGCUCAUCGUGCCAUUGCCCCGCAUCUUCUUCGGAAACUAUGACGUAAAGCUACGGGGACCGCUCUCCCUGGAGAAUAAUGGACAUUCAGCUCACAUGGAUAUACCUGCCACGACUAACGGCAAGAAACCAUUCAUUACUGGAGGCCUGCUUAAGGGUCGCUAUUUGGCCGAUGGCUUCCACUUCCAUUGGGGAUCCCCGAACCAGCGGGGAUCUGAGCACUCGAUCAAUAAGCAGCGCUUCGAUAUGGAACUGCACAUCGUCCAUCGGAAUGCCAAAUACUCGGAUCUCAGUGAAGCCGUUAAGCACAAAGAUGGUCUGGCUGUUAUUGGAAUUAUGUUUAGAAUUGUCAAGAAUCCUAAACGUAUCUUUCCCGGUCUAAACAAAGUCCUGGCUGAGUUGCCAAAAAUCAUCAAUUAUAAAGACAAGGCACAGAUCUCUGGCAGCUUGAGCUUGGGUCAAAUGCUAGGCGACCUGAGUACCCGUGACUUCUUCACCUAUCGGGGAUCACUGACCACGCCGGAGUGUCAGGAGGCAGUCACCUGGACCGUGUUCUCCCAUAUCCUGCCCAUAUCCUACUCAUCGAUAUCGAGAUUCUGGCGCUUGCGUGACUCUGAGGGUCACAGAAUGAUCAAUAAUUAUAGGUUUACCCAACCGCGAAAUGGUCGACCGGUGUUUUAUCGAACCGGCAAAGAUCUAAGUGGAACCUUUCUGGGAAAGUGAUGAUAUGAUU